UACGCCGUAUCUGGCUGACAUGAGGGUGCCGCAAACUGAGAAUACGCUCAGCCUCAGUUCUCUCUCAAUCCGUAGGCCUGAGUAGCCCAAAGCUCAACUCCAGAUAAGAUCUUGGCCAAGUUGGCGCAGCUGCAAAUCACAGCCCCCUUUCACUGAGCGGAGCCUCUCUGCCUUAUACUAGCUCAUAUAGGUUAAUCCAUCUACUAAGAACCGGCAUCAGCAUCUCGAAUCCUUAAAUUGCUGAAGAGUUCACUCAGAUCAUCGACUUUGAUUCUGCCGCAAUCCCAUGAACAGAGCCACGCAUCACAUGUUAUAUACCUAGACCAGCAUGGCGCUCGAUCAGGCCAUUUCCACUCCUACGCCAGUGCCCGCUCCCUCGUUCAACACACGUGGCCUGACUUGUACUGGCACAGUCACCGGCGGAAACAACUACAGCUACAAUUGCUAUUACAUAGCGCCCACUGACUGCUCCACCAUCACCAAGUAUGAUUUAGAGCAUCUUCGCAAGCCCCAUUUCUGGGCUCUCGCCGCGAUAAUCAUCUACGUGGCCUUUAAUGCAGACGCCGAAGGCCCGUAUCGGUUCGCCCUCAGACUCAUGAACCAGUUCCGUUCGAGCUCUACUGUACAGCUACGACCGCACUCGCGCCGGACGCAAAUCGCCGCACUGUUAUUAUAUCUAGGCAUGGUAUGGCUCGUGUACAUUGAGGCGACGAUGGUGGUGAUUACGAACUGGCGAAUGCUGCACAAAGUCUUCGUGGUAUGGCUCCCUAAACUGACACCAUUGCGUCUAUACCUUCUUGUACUCUAUCCCGCAUGGGCGAUGGUAGCCGCAUUGUGUGUUGCUGCAGUGGGAGUCACGGUUGUUGCCGGUAUCUCUAUCAGCUCUGUGACAAUGAAAUGCAUCGCCGAGAUGAUUAUGAUCAUCGUGGGGAUGACUGAAUUGGACGAUGGCCAGCAAUCAACGCUUCCGACUAAAGAGAAUGAAUCUAUUCGGCAAGCGCCUGGAGAUUCGGGGAAGAGUGUGUCAUCGGGUGUGACGUAAAGGGGUUGGAAGAGGGAACAGUGUGUACAUAGAGCAAAACGUUGCUUCAAAUUGAUUUCGUAAAUUUUUUCCACAAAGAUACAAUAUUAUUUGUCUAUAUCCAGUAAUCCCUUCAGUUCUGCAGCUCAGUGCGUUUUGACAUCAGUGAGCAUGGUUUUCUAUGUGAUGUGGUGAUAUAGACCUGCUACUUGAUACUCUGCUUCCCCUUUCAGAGUGUGUGCGAAAGCUUCGGUCCUCGACCUCAGGAAUUUGCACUCUUUCGCUGUUUAUCGGCUGAGUUCCAGCGCCAUUACCCAUUUCGGGGGCCAUCUCAUUCCUCCUACCCAAUAGAUACCGUCUCGCGAACCAAUUGAAAUAAUCAACUUGCUGUCGUAUGAAAACACGUUUUGGCACGUUCAAGACGUAGCUGAGGUCCUCUAGCGACAGCUCUUUUGUUUCUUCUA